AUGUCUUUGGAAGAGCUGCUUAAAUCGAUCACGGAGUCAAUAGAGUUGACGUCGUCCUCAUUGGACAACAUGGUGGCAUAUUUGGAGGACUCUGAGAAAAUUCCAGAGCUUGUGCAGUCGCUUGUAAAAGAGUCGCAAUCAACACAGGAAAUAGAAGGUGUUUCCCUGCUUUCUCUAAAGAACAACAGCAUGCUAUCAUACAUCAAUAAUCUUCUGGUCAUUCUGGGUUCGCGCAUUAACCUGAUGAAACACGGUGAUUCAGAGAUAUUUGACAAGGCCGUCAAGAACAGCAUAGUGCAAAGAGUCACGCUAGACAGAGGUGUCAAGCCUUUAGAAAAAAAACUCCAGUACCAGCUCGAUAAAUUGGUGAGUGCGUACCAGCGUCGAGAGAAAGAGCAAAAUGAUGCAAGUGAAAAAGUGCACGAGAUGGUGCAUAGCGACGCCAGCGAGGACAGCGCAGACAGCGAAGACGAGGACGAAGGGCUCAAUUACAGGCCAGAUGCUUCUGCGUUCAUGAAGAAAGACUCAAAGCAGGACACAUCAGAAAAAGAUGAGAACGACGGAAAGUACCGUCCACCGAAAAUUGCUGCCGUCUUGCCUCCACAGACGUUCUCUGAAACCGAUACUACUCAGAAACGCCGCCGAAAUCUGCAAUCCAUGGACGAGUAUUUGGAAGAGCUUAGUGAAGCUCCUGCUGUGGAGACCUCUAUUGGCUCUACAAUUGUGAACAAGGGACGAGACAUGAAGACCAGGCGCCAGCUGGAAAAAGAGGCCGAGAUUCAACGCUACGAAGAAGAGAAUUUCACUCGUCUUCCUGCUUCGCAGCUGAAGAUGUCUGCAAAGGAAAAGCGCAAGAAACAGCAAAACGAAUUCUUUGGAGAAGACUGGAGUAUGUUUGAUAAUUCCAGGGACGUGACGACCGAGAAGAAGCGCAAGAGACUCAGUGCAUGGGAGCGUGCUAAGCGUAGAAAGGAUUAG